ACAUUUAGAAGCAUUAGACAACUCUUAGCAAAGAUGGCAGCCAAGAUUUUUGCCUUCUUAGCUCUCCUUUCCCUCUCGGUGAGCGCUGCUACAGCGUACAUUUCACCAGUGUUUGCUGCUGCGACAACCACUAUUCCGCUAUACUCUCCGCAGGCUACUAUAGCAGCCACACACCCGUGCGUGCAGUACUACGCACAGCUCCAGGCAUUGGCAUCAGGUAUCUUGACCCCAUCCGCCGUGCUCAUUCAACAACCACUUGCCAUCAUUAAGCAGCAAUGCCAAGCACAUCUUGCAGUACAGAGCAUAUUGGCUCUUCAGCACCAACAAGUGCUGGUGAACCCCGCUACUACUUUGCUGCCAAAUGUGGUCAACCAAGUGGCUCUGGCGAACCCCAUCGCCGCUGCCUACUUGCAACAACAACAAUUCCUGCCAAACGUGUUCAACCAAGUGGCUAUGACAAAUCCUCUCACCUACUGGCAGCAACAACAACGGCUAUCAAAUGUGAACCAAGUAGCUUUUGCGAACCCUAUCGCCGCUACCUACUGGCAACAACAACAAUUGCUGCCAAGCAUGUUCAACCAAGUGGCUAUGGCGAGCCCUGUCACCUACUGGCAGCAACAACAACUGCUGUCAAAUGUAUUCAACCAGGUGGCUUUGGCGAACCCUACCGCUUACUUGCAGCAACCCUUCAUCGGCGGUGCCAUCUUAUAAAUGAUGUAUUG